GUAUGGAGGGAUUGGUAAAUAAAAAAAUUAUAUCUCCCUUACUUUGUUGACUUUAAGGUUUACGUUUUUUUUUUCUUCUUCUUUUUUCCUAUUGUUAUUAUAUAUCUCAGGUCUAAAGCUCAAUUAACUCCAUGGAAGAACAAAAAGACUUUAUUGCCCGACCGGUUUCGGGCUCUCAACCUCCUUAUCAACGAAAAUUGAUCCUCUCCAUACUCAAAAAAAAAAUUUCCUCCUCUACACGCCAUUAUUUCCGACUUACCAAUUUUUCCUUUAUAGCGAAUAUAUAUUUUAAUACCAUAUACCUUCAUUCAUUUUCUUCUUCCUAUCAUAUUAGAUUUGGCUUUAUUUUAUCACCAUUAUUUUUUUCUUUGGUGCAAAAGUAUUACUUAUUUUAUUUUAUAUAUUUACUUUAUUUUACUUUAUUUUAUUUUAAAUCAAAGCACCCUUAUGUAUUAUUCAAUUAACAAGAAACUUUUUUUACCACAAACUUUAAUUAAAAAACGAAAAAAAAAAAAAUUUGAUGAAUUCAUGAAUUUCAUACAAAUAAUUUCACUAUUAUUAAUUUUAAUUGUACAUUG